GAAGCUCCCGUUCCACCACAUCCCAAAGAUGCUCUAUUGCAGUGUCUCCCAACCUUUUUCAGUUACUUGCCGAUGCACCAUUAGCCAAUAGUCAGACCAUCUUUUAUCAUGUCUGACAAUGGACAAUAUUUGACUUUGUCAGAGCCUAUGGCAGAGAGCCAGUCAGUAGUGGAACUAGGUGACAAGGACAUUGGGCAGGGUGACAUUCCUCAAUCACCUGCAGAACAGGCAUCUAAGUCCACUGUAAAAGGCUCUAUUGCUAUGCAAGACUCUGGGGAAAAGUUUUCCAGCUCUGCUCGUCAGUCAAAGGACCAAAAACAUCAAAACACUGCUAAGAAAAAGGCUGCAAAGAAGGCUGCAAAGAAGGGAAAGAAAGAUAUGGCAACCUUGGACAAAAGUGCUAAAAACCAGAUUGUUAACCAGAAUAGCCAACCCAAACUGAAAGCUGAUCUACAAGGCCAGGACUCAACUACUGCAAUUGUUAAGGAUACAGCCUUUGGUUCUCAAAAGACUAUAGAGACCAUAGGCAGCUCCAGUGUUGACCCACUCAUGGAUGUUGAUCAGUCUGCCCAUGGGAAAGCAGUUGCCUCCUUUUCACCAGCAAGUCCAUGUUUUAAGAUGGAAAUGAAGGACAACACAUAUAAUGACUCUGCAGCUCCGGCUGUAGCAUGUUUAGAAAGGACAGCCUUGGUUGGAUCAGAGACAGAGGGCAUAGGUUCCAGUGUUGACCAACAGGUGGAGCCCAUGGAGGUCGAAGAUUCGACCCAUGAGGUUGAAGCUGUCCCCUUGUCACUAACAAGUCCAGAGUUUAAGAGGGAUCUGAAGGACCACACAAAGGAUGGUGCUGAAACUUCAGCUGGACCAAAAAGGACAGUUGCCUUAGAGACAGAGAGAAUAGGCUCCAGUGUUGACCAAGAGGAGGACCUCAUGGAGGUUGACCAAAUUGCCCAUGAAGCAAAGGAUGAAAAGUAUCCUUGUCCACCGCCAAAAAGGACAGUCACAGAGCAAACACAGGUGACAUCAAAAGGGAGACUGAAAAUCCAUUUUCACGCAAUCCUCUCAAUGGAAUUCAACCUUGACCUGAAGGAAGACCGCAUUUUCAUAUGGGCAGGGCAGGAAACAGGAACCUGGGAAUCCUGUGCAGUUGAGCUAUCAGCAAAAAAGGAACUUGGAGACCAUGGAGUCUUAGUGGAAGGAAUACUGAACACUGACCAAUCUAAUGUGUCCAUACCAUACAAGUACCUUGUCUACAAUGAGAAAAGGGCAAAGUAUGCAUAUGAGUACAUUGAUUCUACCCCUCCAACCCGAAUGUUAUGUCUUUCUGGAAAGUCCAGGGUCCUUAUAGAGGAAGGGGACUGGCAUCAGUAUGAUAUAAUCUGUGCAUCACCAUCAAAGAACAUUCCCAGAAGAGAAAUUGCAGGGAAGAUUAUGCUUCAGACUAUUUUUGAACUGCUUCACAGCUGGAAUGACUAUCAACUCAACAGUUUCAUGAAACAGCUGGUUCAGUUUAACCAGACUUACGGGAAAACCUUGUUGAAUGAAGGCAAAAACAAGAAAAAAACAAAACAAAUGAAUGGGCCAACAAAUGAACAUAUUCAAAAACUGCUGAAACAUUUCAUGCUGGAGAGCGUGGUUCCUCAGCUGCUGAAGGAAGGGAAUGAUAAGAGCGCCGUCAUUCAGGACCCUGUAAAGGCCGCUGUGAUCAUGAUGCUUGUGUGCAAACAACAUAGUAUCCAACUAGAUCAAGCAGAGGUCGCUGGUCUCUGUAAGGCUCUCUGCUUGCCCAACUUGCCCAGAGACGAGUUCCUGCAGUAUUGGAUGGAAUUUACACAACCCAUCGAAAGUCUCAGGAACUUGCCAGAUCUGUUGGUGAGUCUAAUGGGCAUCGCGAAGGAGGAGAGGAUUCUAGUGAUUCCCAUGCUUGAUCUUCUCAAUGGUUCCUCAAAGCCCUUUGAACCAGUCCCUUUCACAGUCAAGGCUAGAAACACUAGUUGGGCGGGUCUACGAAUCAAAGAGAACAACACAGAACUGAACAGCAGGGUAAUGUUGGAUCUCAUUAAAGCCAAUGGAUAUUUAGCUGAGAUGGACAGACUAGUGGCCCGUUCCUGGAUGUGGCUACUGGCAGUAGAGAAUUUGGUAGAAUACAGCUCCAACAUCAGAGUUGAACUCCUGGACAUGCUUCAUGUUUUUACUAUUAAAGCUCCUGUGCCAAUAUCCUCAAAGAAUGACAGAAAUUUCACUGCCACUCUUUCACAUAUUCAAAACCAUCUUAAAGAGCAAAAGUACAGUUGUUUCAAUGAUGGUUAUGGGAGUGAGUGCUUGGAAAAAACAGUGGAACUGCUUGAGAAGAUCUGCAAAGGAAUCAAAUCUUCAAAAUUUACAGACAUAGCUGUAAACUGUAUGAGCCUGCUGGUCUCGGUAUCAAACUUUUUCCAGUCUAAGAUAACUAUGGACAUGGGAGGAGACGCUAUCCAUUCGGAGGAUGUAUGCCUGCUGUCACCAGCAAUUGAAGUUGUCAGAUCGUGGCUCAGUACAACCUUCAAAGACAAGCUGCGAGACACUUCAGAGAUCAGGAUGUGGAAUGACAUCAUCUCUUUCAGUUUUGUAAAUGCAGAUUUCACUGAGAAAUGGAGACAAACUCUCUGUAUGGAUUUAGAAGGAAAACUUAAACAGAUGUCCUCCUUGGAUCAAAUCGAAAUCUACUGUUCAAAGAUGGAGGAACUGGAUAACUGUUCUCCUCGUGUGACUUGUACUAUUGAGAAAUGUGCUAUUGCAGCUGUGCCCUCAUUGUGCCAGAGCAAGUUGGAGGGAAAACUUUUUACGUUCAAGAUUAACAGGAAAUUUGGAAAACUCAUCUCAGCCAUAAUCCAGAAAACCUGGCCAAGAGAUAACCAUGGAAAAAAGGCAAAAGAUGAAGUGGUCCUUCAACACCUCCUGACUUGGACUAUAGCCAAGAAUAUAUUUGAACUAUAUGGGGCUGAUAAAGAACUCAUUGAGCAGCUCUCUGGAGACACCAAGGUCAUAAUCUCAGAAGCGAUCUCCUCCUUCAAAGCCAUUUGUAACCAGCUAAUCAGUGGAAGCAUACCGAUCAAACUGCUCAAUGACAUCUUGGGACAUAGAGACCUUUUUAUAGAGCUGAUGACGUUAGAUUGUCUAGCUGUGAAUGAGAAAUGCAAGAGCCGUCCCUCCCUGGAGAAGCUGCUGGAUUUCAGGCAGGAGGAGGCUGAAGCUGUCAACCAUGAGAAAGAGUUGGUGGAAAUCCUCCUCACAAUGAGCCGCAAACUGAAGGGACUCAUCACAGUUCAUUUUGGGGACAUGGAAGAGAAAUUGACCAAAAUUGAGGACAUGACCUUGGACCAGUUCAUGAAGGUUCAUCCCUUUGAGCAGCUCUCCUCCCAAAUGCACGGUGUGGUUACGUAUUUUGAUCUUGAUCCGGACAUGAGGCUGAUGGCUGAUGUUUGGUAUACGAACGGAGACAGCCACAUAUUCAACAUUUUGUGGGAGAAACACACCAAAAACUUUGAUUAUAGAUUGGAUACCUUGGUAACACCAAAAGAGGUAACCAAAGGUAUUUUUCUCCCUUGCUACUUUGAAUACAAAAACAUCUACAACGAUCUGAGGUCUGGCCAUCUCAGGCUUAAAAAGGUUGAUUCCCUCUUCAAUGACUACAAGGGCAAGUAUGAAAAACUGGCAAUGGAUUUGGACAUCAUGUGCAAUCUUAACGAGUCAGAUAAAAAACACUGGGUCCAGGAAAGGGUGCAUCAGAUUGAACAGUACCAUGGGCUUCACUUGGCUGUGGAGUCUGUUCAAGUCAUCAUGCAGGUCAAGGAGAUCCUCAAUCUUAAAGGCGACUUCAAGACCCUUCAGAUACUGCUAGACAUUAUGCAUGCAGAUUUUAAUGAGGAGCGCCUUGAUCGGAUCGACGUUGACCUGAUGCAGGCCAAAACUGUUCUGGUAGACAUCACAGAGCCUCGCAGACUGUGUCUCCAGGAACUUGAGCGGUCAAAGGAUUUUGUUACAUGGGUCAAGGAGGCCCUGAAAGAUAUCAAUGAGCUCAAAGUGUUUGUUGACCUGGCCUCCAUAUCUGCUGGAGAGAAUGAUCUUGAUGUGGACCGUGUGGCCUGUUUUCAUGAUGCUGUCUACGGAUACUCUCCAAUGCUUUUCGAGCUGAAGCCAGAUUCUGGUUUCCAGACCCUAAAUGAGAUGAUGAAGAAGCUCUGGAGGGCAUUGGAUAAUGACUGCAACCUCACAACUAAGCUGCAUGACACAGCACGCCACUUGGAGUGGUUGAAAACUGUGAAGGAUUUCCAUGGGUCUGUGGAGAUGUCCUCCCUUUCCUUAGCCUCCGCAAUCAACAAAAAGGGCAUCUACACCAUUAGCAGACAGAACCAAGAGCAGUUGAGUCUUGAGACUACUCUGAAGCUGCAAAUCUCUGAGGAACAUGGUGAAGAGCAGCAGAUUCGUUCCUACACACUGGAGGAUCUGAGGGAGCUGCAGAGCAAACUCAUGCUCAUGUCUGGUAGUGGUGACCAGCAUGAGGUUAACCACUUUUCUGAGAUCUUUGCCAGUGCCCAGAGAUUGGCUGUGGCAUUCAUUGAUCUGUUCACGGCUGGGAACCCUCUGUUCAGAAACUGGGAAGCUAAAAUCAACUGUAGUUCACUCAGUGAAGACGCCGGCAUCACCUUGGAUUUCAAACUAGGCAACAUUGUCAGUGUGAUUAUGGUGGAGGGUAAAAUUGUCAAUGAGCUUCCUGAGCUGUGCAGGAAGAUGGAGAGAUGUCUAAACUACUGGAAUGACUUUAUGGACAAACAGAGAUCCCAACAUUACUACUUGAAUUACUACACUGCUGAGCAGAUUGUCUACUUAUGUAGUAAGCUGACUCAGCAAAAUAUGGGCCGUUUUGAAGACCAGGUUCUCAUGAUGCUCUCCUUUGUCAAAUCCAACUGCACAGCAUCUGAUCUGAUGCAGACCUACAAUGCACUGCAAAAAGAGAUCCCUGCCAAACCAUCCGAGCAAAUGGAGGACGUUGAAAGUCAGACCUUUGUGAAAGUGUCAGGCAGUGGAGAGAGAGGUUCAGAAAUGACGGAGAAGACGGAUGGAUGUACUCAAAACCUGCAAAGUCUCAUCAAACAAGAAGUUGGCUCUGAGAAAAUGAAUCUGCUUUGGAAUGCUUACAUGACAAACAUGAAAAGCUUUCUUCCAGACACUCUUGAUGUCAGCAGCUUUGGAAGAUUCUUAGAAUUACUAGCCAACAAAGACAAGAAGAAAUAUUGGCUAGUAAAGCGUACUAAAAAACCUAUUCAAAGGGAUCUGCCCAAGGGCCUAGCUAUUGGGAGCCCAAACCUUAUUGCUUGUCCACACGAUCAAAUCCUGACAUCUUGCAUCUCCAUUUACAUGAGAAGCGAAAGUGAACCGUUGCCGACAUAUGAUGAGGUCCUGCUGUGUAACUCCUCCACGCCUUAUGAGGAAGUGGAGCUGUUCUUCCGACGUUGCCUCACCUCAGGCUACAGAGGACAGAAGCUUUACACCAUGCUGUAUGGGGAUCAGCUGAGUUACGAAGUGAGCUCCAAAAUUGAGAGAUUUUUCAAGAGUGUCAACGUGCAUAGCAGGAAAGACUACAGGCUCGUGAUCAUCUGCAGUUUAGAUCAAGAGCACACAUACUUUCCCACAGCCUUCAGCCAGUACAGGUUACACAUGGUACCACAGGAGCCCCUGAUCAAGAUUCAGCAAUACCUGAACAGCCACUAUACAGUCCCAGAUGAUCAGGAGAGUGCCGCUGAUGUCUUCAAAGGCCGACAGUUUGUUGGAGUUGUGUCAUCCGAAAGAGCUGGAAUGGGUAAAUCCCUUUAUAUCAAGAGGCUGUUUGAAAAACUAAAGGACAACUCCAACAAGCCUUCACGGCUGAAAUGCAUUCGCUUGAUCAAGCCAACAGCUGAUGAAAAUGUCAUUCUUCAAUCUCUUCUCAACAGCCCUGAGAAGAAUCAGCUGACUAUUUUCCAGUUCGAUGUCACAUCUUCUGUACAGAAGGGACUUGAUGAAUGUUUUUUUAAACUACUUGUCCUGGGCUAUUUGAUGGAUUCGAAGGGAAGGAUGUGGAAAUGCAGCAACAAACAGUUGUAUGUCAUUGAGAUUCUACGAUCUACCAUGAACCAGCUCAGAAAUGUUACACGAUUGAAAACAACUGUUAACUUUACAUUUCUCGAUGUGUUCCCAAACAUCUUCUGCCACCCACCCAACAAGAUUCUAGAGCUGGAAAUGAGAAUGCAACAAGAUCCCUCCAUUGUGAAACCUGAAGUCCCACUUAUGGAUGACCAAGAGUUUAAGAGUGAAGCAUACCAACGACCAUACCAAUAUUUGACAAGAUACCAUAAUCAUAUCAACUUGGACAGAUUCAUGUAUGAUGGUGUCGAGGGGACCCAUGUGAAAUGUCUGCAGUUGUUCCUUCUGUAUUGCGGAAUUAAAGACCCAUCAUGGGCAGAGUUGAGGAAUUUUACAUGGUUCUUAAACUUUCAGCUAAAAGAUUGUGAAACUUCAGUCUUCUGUAAUGCAUCUAUCACCGGGGACACCCUUCAGGGAUUCAAAAACUUUGUGGUUGAGUUCAUGAUUUUGAUGGCCAGGGAUUUUGCCACUCCUUCACUCAGUAUCUCUGACCAGAGCCCUGGUAAACAGCACAUUGACCUCACUGGUGAAGAAGAUCUGGCUCCCUUCCAGAUCAGGAAGAGAUGGGAGUCAGAACCACAUCCCUACAUCUUUUUCAAUGACGACCACAUGUCAAUGACCUUCAUUGGCUUUCACCUUCAGCCUAAUAGUGAAAACUGGGUUGAUGCCAUUGAUCCAUCCACAGGGAAAGUUAUCAAAAGAAAUAUCAUGACAAAAAAACUGUUUGAUGGCCUGAAACUACAAAGAGUCCCCUUCAACGUUGAUUUUGAUGAAUUGUCGAGGCAGGAUAAAAUAGAUUGCAUUUGCAAUGUUAUGGGAGUCCAGCAGAACAUUGAUCCUGAUGAAACAUAUGAACUUACAGCUGACAAUAUAUUGAAGAUGCUAGCAAUUCUCAUGCGGUUCAGGUGCAAUAUCCCGGUCGUAAUCAUGGGAGAGACAGGAUGUGGAAAGACAAGGCUCAUUAACUUCCUUUGUGAACUACAAAAGAAGGGAGUGAACACACAGAAUAUGAAGCUAGUCAAAGUGCAUGGAGGAACUAGCUCAGAAAUGAUUUACACCAAUGUCAGAGAAGCAGAAACCAUUGCCAGUGACAACAAAAAAAAAUAUGGCUUUGAUUCUGUUCUCUUCUUCGAUGAAGCCAACACAACCGAUGCCCUCAGCAGUAUUAAGGAAGUCAUAUGUGACAAUACUGUAAAAGGAGAACCGUUGAUACCUCAAUGUGGCUUGCAAAUCAUAGCUGCAUGCAACCCUUACAGAAAACACACAGAUGAGAUGAUUCACAGAUUGGAAUCUGCUGGUCUAGGAUACAGAGUCCGAGCUGAAGAGACUGAUGAAAAGCUUGGGUCAAUCCCUCUCCGCCAGUUGGUGUACAGGGUCCAACCUUUGCCACCCAGCAUGAUUCCUCUGGUGUGGGACUUCGGACAGCUACGUGAUAGCACAGAAAAAAUGUACAUUGAUAAAAUCGUCAAGAGGGUGGUUCAGACCAAUAAAAUCAAUGUGAUGUAUGCAAAGUUGAUUACAAAUGUCCUGUCUGCUUCUCAAAGAUACAUGCGGAAAAGAAAAGAUGAAUGCAGCUUUGUAAGUCUGAGGGAUGUAGAGCGUUGCAUGCAAGCUUUUGCCUGGUUUUACAAAAACCAUGAGAUGCUACUUGCUUAUCUGUGCAAGUUUGAGAGAAAUCUAAAUCUAGAGAACCAUGAAAGAAUAAGAGAUCCAGUUUUGUGGUCUGUGGUGAUGGCAGUAGGAGUGUGUUACCAUGCCUGCUUGGAAAACAAAGAAAUGUACAGACAACAUAUCUGCAAGUAUCUUUCUAGAAGGUACACCUCAUUGGAACUGCUGAAGGAAAUAUCACUCAUGCAGGACCUUCUCCUGAGUGGAGUGCCACUUGGGGAAACAAUUGCACGAAACAAUGCCCUGAAAGAGAACAUCUUCAUGAUUGUUAUCUGCAUUGAACUUAGAAUCCCUCUCUUUUUGAUAGGGAAACCUGGCAGUUCUAAAUCUCUGUCUAAAACCUUGGUAGCAGAUGCCAUGCAGGGCCAAGCCUCACACUCUGACUUCUACAAAAGACUGAAACAGAUUCACUUGGUGUCCUUCCAGUGCAGUCCUCACUCCACACCAGAGGGUAUUAUCAACACAUUCAAGCAAUGUGCUCGUUUCCAAGAGGGGAAGAAUCUGAAGGAGUACAUCUCUGUUGUGGUGCUGGAUGAAAUUGGUUUGGCAGAGGACUCUCCAAAAAUGCCCCUGAAAACCCUCCAUCCUCUACUAGAAGAAGGAUGCAUUGAUGACGAGUCACUUCCGCACAAGAAGGUUGGAUUCAUUGGCAUUUCCAACUGGGCUUUGGACCCUGCGAAGAUGAACAGAGGGAUUUUUGUUUCACGCGGUGACCCUGACGAGAAGGAGCUUAUUGAGAGUGCGAAAGGCAUAUGCUCAUCUGAUAGAAUGAUUUUGGAGAAAGUCAGCAAUUUAUUUCAACCGUUUGCUAGGGCCUACCUAAAAAUCAGCCCAGAAAAAGGCAAAGGUUUCUUUGGUUUGCGUGACUACUACAGCUUAAUCAAGAUGCUUUUUGCAGUUACCAAGGCCUCGGAGAAGACCCCUACCGAAGAGGAGAUUGUGAAAGCAGUACUGAGGAACUUCAGUGGAAGAGAUGAUGUGGACGCGGUCGAAGUCUUCACUGAAACCCUUAGAAUCAAUACAAAUCUGGAGAGAAUCAGUGCCGUUGAGCUUGUGAGACAAAACAUCUUAGCUCAGGAGGAAGAGUGCCGAUAUUUGCUGCUUCUGACCAAAAACUAUGCAGCCUUACAGAUUCUGCAGCAGACCUUUUUCUCAGAAGGCUGCCAGCCUGAGAUUAUCUUCGGGUCCAGCUUCCCCAAGGACCAAGAGUACACCCAGAUCUGCCGCAACAUUAACCGAGUCAAGAUCUGCAUGGAAACUGGUCGAACCAUUGUGCUCCUGAACUUGCAGAACCUCUAUGAAAGUCUUUACGAUGCUCUCAACCAAUACUAUGUCUGCUUAGGGGGACAAAAGUAUGUUGACCUAGGCCUGGGGACCCAUCGUGUCAAAUGCAGAGUGCACAAAGGCUUUAGGCUUGUUGUCAUUGAGGAUAAAGAUGUGGUGUACAACCAGUUUCCAAUCCCUCUCAUCAACAGGCUUGAGAAGCAUUACCUUGACAUUCAUACUGUCCUCAGUAAAGAACAAAGGGAACUUGUUGCAGACUUGGAGAGAUGGGUUGAACAGUUUGUAGAUUUUCGACAAAAUUCACAAACAUACAAGUACAAGCCUCCUGAUGUUUUCAUUGGUUUCCAUGAAGACACAUGUGCCUCAGUUGUACUUCAAGUGACUGACAAACAGAGGGAAGAAAUGGACAUCCCCGACCAGCAAAGAAAAGUACUAGAUGAGUCCAAACUUAUCCUUCUGAACUGUGCCACUCCAGACUCUGUGGUUCGGCUGGACUACACAGGGCUCUCUAAAGUGGAGUGUGAAUAUCUGACUAAGUUCUACUAUGAAGAGCGGAAGCACAGCUCUUUAGCUGACUUUGUCUGUCAUGCGCAACAGGUUGAGCAGAGCCAUACUUGCUUCACAGAGGUGACAACAUUUUCCAGACUUUUGACAGAAUCAGAUAUUGGACCGCUGAAGACGGUGGUGAACAAUGUAGAGCUCCUUUCACUACAGCAGUUUGACACUGAGAUCUCUUUCCGCAAAAAGAUAAGGGAAUUUUUGACAUCCAGAGAGACAUCUGGCGAUAAAGUACUCAUUAUUCAGUCAGAUUUGGAUGAGGCAUCCCACAAGGCAAAUGUUAUUGCGUCUGCAAAGUACUCUGCCAUAAAUGAAAUCAACAAAUCAAGAAAAGAGAUCGAAGGCAAGGUGUAUGUAUACUUCAUUACAAAACUGUUGAGAUUGGAUGGCGGAACUUCCUUUGUUGGAUUUCAUGGAGGCCCGUGGAGAUCAGUUCAUAUUGAUGACCUCAGAAGAUCCAAAGAUAUUGUGUCAGAUAUCAGUGUUUUGCGAAACCUUGCCAUCUGUCAACUGUUUGAGGAAAGGCUGGUUAAGGCUCAAGAUCACACGCAUGCUGGGACAGAUCAGCAUGACAGGGAACUUGACAACAGAAGAGGCUGGGAGGAUGUUCUGGACACCACAUUGCUCCUGCGCAGCUGCGUGCAGAGCGCAGUGGGCAUGCUCAGAGACCAGGUGGAGGGGGGGUUCCGAAACACCAGGAGAGUGGAGAUUCUGCUUACGCUCCUGAGUGACAACGAAGAAACAAACGGGAGAGAUGGGUUUCUGAGAAUUGUAAAAAGACGUCUGCACUCCCUGCUGUCAACCUGGGGAAAAAACAACAUUGUAACAAAAAACUGGGUCAUUAAUGAGGCUUCCAACAUUGAUGCCCUGCAUGAAGGGGGGACAUUUAGACAAACACUAUGGAAGCGAGUUCAGGCUGUAGUCAUUCCACUUCUGGCACAACUGGUGUCUGUCAUUGACCGUGAUUGUAACCUAGACAUCCUGCUGGACACCAACGCUGGAGGUCCUAUUAAAAAGCUGUGGUUAGACAUCUUUGGGGAUGAAAAACUACUUGAUGUUCCCUAUGCAAGUGUGGACAAUUCUGAGUCUAAGACAUUUCUGGUCCAGAAUUACAUUGCAAUAGACAAGAAUAUCAGAUGCACCAUGCCCUUCAGCUGGAAGAUCAUGGACCACCUGGAAGAACUCAGAAUCUAUGCUCUGCAACAUGAAGGUCAAACUCAGAGGCAGUUUGAGGAGUUAUUUUGGAAGACUCCUCUUGGGCACUACGUUGCAAUAGCAGACAAGGAGACGCAGAUUGAGCUUUUCCACAGAUACCUGCAGGAUUUCAUCACCAUGACCAUGAAUGUGACUAAUAAAGUGGAUCUACAGCUUCUUUGUGACGCUUUGAGCUGUUGUGUGAACGAGCUGCGACUGAAUCACACUCAUGCUAUGGAGACGGAGGUGAUCUCUCUGCCGUGGGUCCACGCUGCCUAUAACAAGUUUAAGAACCGCCUACAGAACCUUGACAGAAUGAUCAGAAUCCCCCAAGUUGGCCAGGGUCUUCUGGAGAACACACACACCAAAGAUGGAAUGGAGCUAGUCCUGGAUGUGUAUGCAGCCAUGGCUUGUGUGGAAUACCUGGAGCCCCAGGCUCUGGAAACGGACCACCAACGCCUGGCCUGGCUCAGGCAGGUCAGGAGGCUCCAGGUGCCCAUUGAACUGGUCUGCUCUGAGGAGAGUCUGAAGCACUAUGGAGAGAGAAGCAAGGCCAUGGUCUGUAGAGUCCAGUGCAGAUGGAACCGGGUCGUCGUGGUGUCUUUGUUUGUGGAGCACCUGUUGCUAGGCAUUGAGACUGUGGACAAGAGGCUGAAGCCUUUUGUUUUGACUUCCAUGCGACGGCUAUGCCAUGUAUUGGAGAGGAAUGCAGACGUUAAAAUGAAAGAAGCAUUUGAUGAAGUGAUUGAUGUACUCAAAGCCUGCAGAGAAGGAGCAGUUGAAAUCAAACGGAAUUCCAAGCAAUUCAGGAAGAAAUGCAGUGCUUUCUUUAUUGACCUGGUCUCUACUGUGUGCUUCAAGGACAACUCUCCGCCAUGUACAGACAUCAUCCAGCAUCUGUUGUCCUUCCUCACAGUUGAGGCUCAGUCUUGGUCCGUCAACAGAGAACAUCAACAGAUAAAGAGGCAACCUUUGGUUGAUCAUUCUGCAGACCACAUCCUAUGGUUCACUGGUUGGGCUUGGACAUUGUUUGUCAAACUCCUCUUCCUGAUCUUCCACCUGCUGAACUUGCUAAUGGUGGAGACUCAGUCUGCUCUCAAUGUCAGAGGACCUUUUUGCAGACCAACCAAGAAGGCAAUCUCUCCAUUUGGUGCUGUUGUGGACAAAGGUCCAGUGGUUUGGUCAGUAGUGCUCAAACUCCUGCUCAAGUACAGCUUUGAUGAGGUCAAAGGUCCCCUGCAGCAACAUCUUACACAGGUCGAGCAGAGUGACAUCUUUGAUGAAUCAAGCAAAACUGAACUUUAUUCCUUAUACAUAAACUGCAUGGAGGACUCCAUGUGUGAGAUGCAGUGUCGUACAUCAGUGGAGCAGCAGGAGUGUCUUCAGAUGGAGAGUGACUUCCUGCAUAACCUCAUGUGCACAGGGGCCACAUCUAGACAGAUGGCCACUGUGGAGUGCUUCCAGCAGGUGGCCAGAGUGCGUAGGUGUCUGGAUCUGGCUGUGAAUCUGUUGGUUGACAGACAGCGGGUGAUGGCCACAGAAGAAGAAUUCCUAACCAGCGUACAAGAACUGUGUAAGCACAGUGGGGAUGACUGGUAUAGAGUCUACCUGAUCCGUAAGAUCUGCAACCAGCAUGGAAUUGAGUGUGUCCAACACUUUCUGACAGUGGCAGACAUGAAGUGGCUGUUCCCAGCUGAAGUCCUACUGAAGAAUCAAGAUGGGUGCCAGAUUGACCAGUAUCUUGUGUGUGGAGAGAACUACAAGACUAUCCGGGACAUGGUUGGCAAAGCAAUAGUGGAGGGCCGAAUUAAAGAAAUAGAUCAGGCUUGUAAGGCUUCUUCAUGUCCACAAAAUACAAGGACAUUGUACCUGCUUUUGAUUCUGUUCAGAGAAGUCACAUGUCUCUACAGAACAGCCAACCACGACCUCCGUCCAAAGCCUGAGCUUUGUCAAGCACUGGUGGAUUUCAUCAAGACCUCGAAGGUUCUUGCCGACCAAGAUGUGAAGCUGUUUGCCCAGGAUCUGGUGACCAACCAGCUGGGUCCCCUGACUGUACAGGCAGGGGCCUCUGGUGCCCACUUAGUGGUAGUGGAGCUGGCCAUCCACUUGACUGCUGUGCUGCUCUGUGGGAGCCAGGGCCUACUGAUGCCCCUCCAGCAGCUGGCGCUGGUCCCUACCAACAUGGAGAGAGCUUUUAUUCCCACCAUGCCGGAGGACAUGCUUGCAGCUGCACGCCAAGUAUUCCAAGACAAGGAAAAGCUUCGUUGGUACAACUGUCCGAAUGGUCACCCUUGCGCCAUUGGGGAGUGUGGGAGGCCCACGGAGACAAGCCGUUGUGUGGACUGUGGAGCUGAGAUCGGAGGAAAGGGACACAACCCAGUCCAGGGCUUUACGGAUGCUCCAAAUGGUGACACGACGCAGACUGGACACAUCCUUGGAGAUCCCAGUCGGAGGGACAACCCAGACAUGCGGGACACAAAAAACAUGUCAUCUGUUCCUUUCAACCUGAUCCGACUCCUCACACACAUGGCAAUGCUACUAGGAGCCCGACGUCACCCACAGGCCAUUAAAGCUAUCAUCAAGCCACAAGUUGGUGACCCCGGUGUGUUUCUCAUGGGUCACCUGCUGAAGGACAUGGAAUAUGUGACCAGGUCUAUGGGGAAGGGCAGAGAUGACACAGUCACUGCCGUUCACUUGGUUAUCACUAGCCUACUGAAGGCUUGUGGUCGUGGGUUUGGUAAGAACCUCCCUACCAAAGAGGCUAGAAAUGCCUGGGAAAUGACAGUCGCAGAUAAUGUAAUCACUCCUCAGCUGAAGGACCUGGACAAGCGGCUGCAGGAGGUAAGUGCUUUUAUCAGGGCUGACUCAAGGGUGUCCUCCAAUCCCAUCCUGAGGGUGUUGUCUCCGGAACCGCACCUGUUCCUGAACUCCCUGCCCCAGAAGUCCAAGAUCCACAGCUCCACGGUGUGGAACUGCAGGAAGAGGGUGUCCCUGCUCAGCCUGACGCACGUCGUGGAGCAAGAUGACAAUAAAGACACUGUGCCGGUCCUCUGGACCUUCCUGGACAAGGAGGCAGAACUGCGUUUGGUGAAGUUCCUCCCUGAAAUCCUGGAACUGCAGAAAAAUCUAGUGAACCUGUACCGGAAUGUGACUGACCUGUUUCACGGCACCAUUGCCGAUUUCCUCCAAAAACAAGAAUCCGUUCCACUGAGGGCCUGGUAUGAGAAACGGAUCAAAAUCUUCCUGAAAACAUGGCAUCAGCUUAGAGGCUCACUGGAAAACAAUGGUGAGAUUAAGAUCCCUCUUGAGUUCAGCCAGAAAGAUCUGGACAUGACCAGUGACUUCCAGGUCCUGUUGCCACGGCGUCAAGGUCAUGGUCUCUGCUCCACAGCCCUGGUCAGUUACCUCAUCGCCCGGCACAAUGAGCUGGUCUACUGCAUGGACAAGCUCACUGGAGAAGAGACCAGCUUUAAAGUGAGUCCGGUGGACCUAACUGACCUGCAUGUGAUCCAGUAUGACCUGGAGAGAGACGUGCUUCCUCUGAUCCUGUCCAACUGUCAGUACAGCAUGAAGCAGGGCAAGGAGACCGUGUCUGAGUACGACUUGUUUAAGAUCCAGCAGCAGAUCCUCUCCCGCUUCAUACAGGGCAAACCCCUCAUCACCCUCCAUGGAAUCCCCACACUGGUGAACAGACAUGAUCGAAUUCAUGAAAUUAUUCUGAAAGACAUGAGAGGAAAGAUUGAACAAGUGCCUCUACCCUCACAGGCCCUGCCGACACUAGCUGGGGAGCUGCAGUCGUACAAUGAUGUGUGUGAGGCCCUCUCCACCUUGGAGGUGGCCCUUGGGUUCCUGGCCAUGACCGGAGGAGAGCCCCACAUACAGCUGGGCAACUACCUGGAGGAUGUGUUGCAGAUGGGAGGUCAAACAGCUCCACACAUCCUGAAGGCCAUUGGCAGAUACAGUCUGAAGCACUGUGUUGCCUUGUGGCAGCUCCUGACAUCACUCAAAUCAGAGAACAUGCUGCGGCUUAAGAGGGACCCAUUUAAAGGGAUUUCCAAAAAAUACAAGAAUGCCUUGACAGAGGAACAGCGCACACUGCUUGCUGAAUUUUUCAAUAAAAGCAGCGCGGAAGCCUUCCUGCUGGAGAUGCACGAGUUCCUAAUACUGGUCCUGAAGAGCCCCCGGGCUUCUGACACAUACAAGCCUACCUGGGGUGUGAAGGAAGUGCUAGAGGGACACCUUGAACGUAAGAAUCUGGACCUUCCCCCUGAUGUUGAAGAGUCAUUCCCUGAAUAUAUCUACUUGUCUGAGUACAUCGAAGCCUGGAAAUUCGCAGUUGCAUUGAAAUGGGAGCGAAGUCAGAGAUAAUUCCAGCCUCACACUUGCACAAUGAUUCAAUAUGCUAUGAAAUAAAACAAAUAUACACACUAUUUUACAUAUUUCAAAGAGGGUGUGACUAUUGUAUUUGUUGAAGUUAAUAUUAAAAUGUGUAUGCCUUUUUUUC